UGAAACCUAAAUCUAGGCUAGGAACCUCUGCUACUAGAGGUACUAAAAAAAAACAGAAGCAUGUGCAAAUUUCCGAUGCUGGUUGGCUUAGUAAAAGUGGUAUAUCAUUGAGUAAACACUGCAUAGUUGCAUUGUACUUUCUACUUCUCUGCAUAUGCCCUGAGCUCACCGCCGCACAGUGUUCUAGUGCAGGUAUCCAAAAGAAUACUGCAGUAGGAGUAUCGUGUCUGUGUACAUCUCGCUAUUAUGGUACAUCAUGUGAGUCGCAAAACGUGGAGGUAGCUUGCGAUAAUACUCCCAAUUACUACACAAUUGGAAACGAUGCCGCAAUUGCGAAUACGAUAGUUUCAGGACAAUCGGU